CCCCACUCAUCUUGCUAAAAUUCUGUUCUUAUUCAUCUUUUGUUUGAUGUUAUUGUUUGCUUUAAUCUAAAUCUCCCGUCCGCUAAUUUAGUGCCACACACCUUCGCGUGCACUAGUCCCUGACCCAUGGAGCCAUCAUUGUAAGGGUCUUAUUAGAGUAGCUCGCCCAGGCUCAACCUCAUCAUCAUCAUCAUCAUCAUCAUCAUCAUACCGAACCUUCUCUCCUUUAUCGGCCAUUCCUAACGUUCUCGCGACGAGACGACCUACCAUUGUACCGUCCCCCUUUCAUCGCUCCUGGCCGGUCAACAGGGUAGCUUCUAAAUCCCGGGGACUAUCGCGCGGUCCCACAACCUUCCAGAUCGACCUCGGACUCGGAAGUACAUAUCCGAGGGCCGAAGUGCACUUUUCACCCCUUUCCCAAAUCAAAAACACCAAUCCACACCAUGACCACCGGCGAACAGAUGGACGCUCUGGGAGCGUUUUCUUAUCUGUCGAACAAUGCACCCACUUGGAUUGGCCAACUUUCUGAUCUAGCUAAUCACACUGCCGCGAAACACGCUGAAUACGCCAAUGCCUACAAACGACACGCCGCCCAGAGAAUCCGCCGCCGCAGGAACAGCUCCAUCUGCUCCAUUCGCACGGAUGACUUGAACUCGACACUUUCCAACACCGAGAGCCCGACCCUCUCAUCUGGACCUGCAGCUCGAGAAGGAACUGCAAUCACCACUCCGAAUACCUCCCAAAAUCAGCCGAAUUCGAACCCCCGGAAACGCGGAGCCGACGAGGCACCCUCGGUGGACUCGAGUGAUGGGGACAUCUUCGUCAGUACACGGCAUAACCUCAUCAUCGAGUAUGAUGGACACACACAGAAGACCUUGGAGGAAAUGGUCCGCAAUAUUGGGACUGCCCGCAAUAACAUUCGAAAAGGAAAGUUGGCACAGCUGCGCACGCCCGGAUAUCGCAGUGCCAUGCUGAGUCGCGGUCCAAGGAUGUCCCCAAUCACUGCCUCGCUUGCAAGCCCUAUCUCAACGGAGGAUGACCUUUUGGCCAGCAUCCGUAAUGCUCGGAGACAAGCCCCCCCGGCGCCCCGAGCCCCGGCCGCGUCGCAGGCAUCCCCCUUUGAUGACGCAGAGAAACAGCUGGAGGUUGUCCAUGGACUGUGUGAAACCGCCGCCUACCAUUUCCUCCGGGCGGGCGACUGUGCAGCAGAAUUAAGCACGGUAAAGCAAAAGCUUCAGAGCUUGCUCGACCUGGCCACCAGAGAAGUACACCGACUCAAGGCAGAGCAACCACACGGGGCUGAGAUGCCGGAGAAGAAAGUACCAACGCCUGAGCCACUACCUGCCCCAACAAAGACAACCACGGACGGCGGCCAUUCCGUAACGAAGAUGGAUACCAUUGAGGUGGAUGACGGAUCUGACUCGGUCGAGUCCAUUGACUUGACGGUCUUUCGAUCCAGCCGGAUCCGCCGAUAGAAAAACAAAGGUUCAAAAAUUGAAACACAGCAUUUGGCGGGGACACUCAUUUUACAGCAUGCAACGGGGGUAAAACAAGCAUUCGUUCUAAUCUUGCACCGGCGAUGAUACCACUGAACCAACCACACAUACCAGCGAUUCCUUUUUCGAUUUCCCUUGGGACUGAUGCACUUGCCCAGCGUUCUUCCAUAUAUGCAAGCGAGCGUGGCUGUCAUCUAAUCAAUCAAUAGCGUGGUCUGGUCUUAGCAUCAUGGAGUUUAGCCUUUCCUCUCCUUAGUCUAGCAUUUACAUAAGUUACAAAGUUACUUGACAUGUGCCUGGCAUCAA